AUGGCAUCACGCUCUCCUUCACCAGAAUUUUCUCCGCUAUCAAUUGGAGAAUAUUUUACACCGGUUCCCACCUACAAAGUAGCCUCAACCACGGCUGUCGACUUUUCGGGCCUCCUCGAAACCCCACUAAAACUUCAUGAGGACCUCAAGACAGGCUGUGGAGGUCAACUAUGGCCGGCCGGGAUGGUAUUAGCUCAACAAAUGCUACGGUAUCAUCGAGGCUCGUUAAAAGAUGCACGAAUUCUUGAGCUCGGGGCUGGCGGGGGUCUGGUUGGAUUGGCUGUGGCUAUGGGAUGUCCUGUUGAUCACUCUAUCUACAUUACAGAUCAAGAAAACAUGUUUGAGCUCAUGAGCAAGAACAUUGCUCUAAAUGGACUAGAGUCACGUGUAAAGGAACUCGUCCUAAACUGGGGUGAACCGCUACCAGCAGAAGUCCUCAGAGACAAACCUAAUGUUAUUUUGGCAGCGGACUGCGUGUAUUUCGAGCCGGCCUUCCCACUACUUCUGAGUACGUUGGCAGAUCUCCUUGACUUGUGCAAGGAAGCCGUCGUAUACUUCUGCUUCAAGAAACGGAGAAGAGCAGACAUGCACUUCAUGAAGAACGCAAAUAAGAGAUUUAUUGUCGAAGAGAUCGAGGAUGAAGAUAAAGAAACCUUCUCCAGAGAGGGAUUGUUCUUGUACACUUUCAAACGAAAGCCAUAA